GCUGAACGCGGUGCUGAAGGAGACGAUGGUGUCGGCGGCAUCGGAGAUACCACCGCCGGGGGUCGAUGCCGAAGGUGUUUACGGUGCACUGGGAGCACUGGCCGCCGCCCGCGCUGCCGAACUGGAGCGGGAACUGAGUCAGACCCGCCGGCGCCGCCGGGUGCUGCGCGUGGCCCGAGACGUCGCCAUAGUGCUGAUGCUUCUCUGCACCCCCCUGCUGUCCCUGGACGUGGUGCGGGAGGCGCUGGGGGUGACCCAGGAGAGUGAAUUUGUCACCGCCCUGGCCACCGUCAUCAUCACGUGCCAGGCGGCCCUGUACGGCACGGAGACAGCCCAGCGUCACCUGGCCACCGCCCUCAGCGACCAACGUCAGCAAGCCGACCACUACCGCCACCGGGCCAGGGCCAUCGCCGCUGUCACCAAGGCCACCGCCGAGGCCACCGCCACCUUCAGUGACACCCUGGGGACGCUGGAGGAGGUGACCCGCCAGCUGAGGACCUUGGUGGACGCUGUCACCCAGGACUUGGAGAUGGACCAAGGCUUCCCCGCCAGCGCCCAGGCCCUUGGGGACAUCGUGGUGGCCUUGGCGACAGAGAUGGGGGACAAGGAGGGGACGCAGAGGUUGGCCCGGGCACGCGAGGCUCUGCCAGGGGACAAGUAGGGAUGGGGACACUGCGAGGGUCCUCCUUGUCUUGGGGACACCCUGG